AUGAGCCCGUGGAUUUGGUCUUUUGUUCUUGCUGUGCGUGUAGCAGUGGAGAGUGACUCAUCCUCCUUCCCCCUGCGGAUGCGGAUGCUGAUGCUGAUGCUGCUGCUGCCGUCCCUCAGUGACUUCACCCACGCUCCCUCACAGCGCUGCCUACAUCAGCCUCACCGCGUGCGAGGCAAGCUUCCCAAUGAUGGCGUCCCAGAAGCACAGAGAUUUCCCUGCCAAUACUCAUUCUCAUUUCUCUUGCUCUUCACACAGGAGGAGCUGAGGGAGCUGAGAGAGCAGCCCACCGAUCCACAGGCAGAACAAGAAAUCAUUGACAGCAUAGAGGAAGUCUACUUCUCCAGCGACUCGUUUGACAUGGUUCAAUAUGAACUUGAGAAACUCCCUCCGGAUCUGAACCUCCUGGAGCUGGAGGAGUACAGAGAUAAGCUGAAGCGACAGCAAGCAGCCGUGUCUAAAAGAGUGGCAGACCUCAUUCUGGAGAAACAGCCCUCCUAUGUGAAGGAACUUGAGCGAGUGACGUCACUGCAAACCAAUCUGCAGCUGGCUGCGGUCAUCUGCACUAAUGCACGAAGACAGCUUCGCUCUGCUAAAGAAGGGUUUACUGAAGCCAGUCUUGGGCUGUUAGCCAAUCAGAGACGCCGACAGCUGCUGACUGGACUGUUAAAGUCUUUGAGGACCAUAAAGACUCUGCAAAGAACUGAUGUUCGACUGAGCGAAAUGCUGGAGGAGGAGGACUAUCCUGGCGCCAUCCAGCUGUGUUUAGAAUGCCAGAAGGCUGCCAGCACUUUCAAACACUACAACUGUAUAAGUGAAUUGAACUCCAAACUGCAGGACACUCUGGAGCAAAUCGAGGAGCAGCUGGAUGUGGCUCUUUCCAAAACCUGCAAGCACUUCGAUGUUUCUCACUACACCAAAGUUCAGCUGGCGUAUAAACUCCUGGGCAAGACGCAGACGGCGAUGGAUCAGCUGCAUAUGCACUUCACCCAGGCCAUCCACAACACCGUCUUCCAGGUGGUGCUGGGAUACGUGGAGCUCUGCGCCGGCAAUGCAGACACCAAGUUCCAGAAGAUGCAGUACAAAGACCUUUGCACGCACAUCACCACAGACAGCUACAUCCCCUGCCUGACCGACCUCUGCAAGGCCUUGUGGGAGGUGAUGCUCAGUUACUAUCUGACCAUGCAGUGGCACGAUGAGCACUACAAAGAAGAAGAGGCUAGUCCUGCAGCAGAAGACUCCGUCGCCGAGGGCUCAGACGAAUCCACAGUGGGCCGCAGCUACGUGAAGAAGAAGCUUGAACACGGCUUAACGCGGAUCUGGCAGGACGUCCAAUUGAAAGUGAAAGCCUAUUUGCUGGGAACUGACAUGUCCAACUUCAAGUACGACGACUUCAUUGUGGUUCUGGAUGUUAUCAGCAGGUUGAUGCAGGUGGGAGAGGAAUUCUGCGGCAGUAAGUCUGAGGUGUUGCAGGAGUCCAUCAAGAGACAGAGUGUUAACUACUUUAAGAACUAUCACAGAACUCGCCUGGAGGAGCUGCGAAUGUUUCUUGAAAAUGAAACGUGGGAAUUGUGCCCUGUGAAGUCCAACUUCAGUAUCGCCCAGCUCCACGAGUUUAAGUUCAUGGGUCAGUGUCGUUCUCCUUCAGUGUCUCCCAGCAGGCAGCCAGAAUCCACAGAUCUGCUGGAGCUUUCUCUGUUCGAGCAGUACCUGCAGGGUGGAAACCCCUUCGAGAUGCAGAUUGACAACAAAGAAGAGGAGACUGAGGACGUCCUGGCUUCUAAUGGGUAUGAGUCAGAUGAGCUGGAGAAGAGCGUAUAUCAAGACUACGACAGUGACAGUGAUGUACCCGAGGAGCUGAAACAAGACUAUGUAGAUGAACAGACAGGGGACGCUCCAGUGAAGAGCGUGUCCAGAGAAACACUUCGCAGCCAGAAGAGAUCCGACUACAACCUGAACCGAGCCAAUGCCCCCAUCCUCACCAACACCACCCUUAACGUGAUCCGCCUGGUCGGGAAAUACAUGCAGAUGAUGAACAUACUGAAGCCCAUCGCCUUUGAUGUCAUCCACUGUGUGUCUCAGCUCUUUGAUUAUUACCUGUAUGCCGUCUACACCUUCUUCGGCCGCAAUGACAUGUAUGAAUCUUCUGGCCUGGGUUUGAUCAGCAGCAGAUUGAGGACCACUCUCAGCCGAAUCCAGGAGAGCCUAAUAGACAUGGAGUCUGGAGGUGAGAGCGCAGGUCCUCAUGCGUCUCCUGAGGAAAGGAAAGAGAAGGUUCCCAGUCCCCAUCUCAGUCAGCUGGUGAUCCUGACUGCCACUGAAACACUCUAUGGCCUGGCUGAGAGAGUCGUCGCCACUGAAUCACUAGUUUUUCUAGCGGAGCAGUUUGAGUUUCUUCAGCCUCAUCUGGACACCAUGAUGCCUUCAGCCAAGAAGCCAUUCCUGCAGCAGUUCUACUCACAGACUGUAUCAACGGCCAGCGAGCUCCGCAAGCCCAUUUACUGGAUCGUGGCGGCCAAAGCCAUAGAUUAUGAACAGAUGCUGCUGCUGAUGGCUGGAGUGAAAUGGGACAUUAAAGAGAUAAUGUCACAGCACAACGUCUACGUGGAUGUCCUUUUAAAGGAGUUUGAGAAGUUUAACCAGAGACUGGGAGAUGUGUCGAAGAUCGUGCGGAUUCCUCUGCCUGUGUCCAAUGUGUUAUGGGAGCACUGCAUCCGUCUGGCCAACAGGACAUUAGUGGAGGGCUAUGCUAAUGUGAAGAAGUGCAGUAAUGAAGGACGAGCGCUGAUGCAGCUGGACUUCCAGCAGUUCCUCAUGAAGCUGGAGAAGCUCACCGACCUCAGACCCAUCCCUGACAAGGAGUUUGUGGAGACCUACAUCAAAGCAUACUAUCUGACUGAGAACGACAUGGAGCAGUUCAUCAAGAACCACAGGGAGUACUCAAUGAAGCAGCUGACCAACCUGGUCAACGUCUGCCUCGGGUCCCACAUCAACAAGAAAGCACGACAGAAACUCCUCGCAGCCAUUGAUGACAUUGACCGGCCCAAAAGAUAAAUCACUGUCAUCCAAAAUACACCACAAAAGUCACACACACACACCUACACUGUUACGAGUCCCGUAUCUGUCGUGCGUGGUCUGCAGUUUGUUUGUCAACCAUGAAAACAUUUACGGUGUCUGUUUGCGUUUUGUUAGGAAUGUAAGCAGGACGUGCUGUGACUACAGAUGAAGCGGCUGUAAAAGAUAAUGGUUAAUGAAAACGUUAUCAGCAUCACUCGAAUCUCAACAUGAGUGAAUGACUCACGCGCUUUUAAACCCUAAUUUAAGCAGAGCUGUGGAUGAGCAGCUGUAUUUUCCCUUUUUGAGGAAUAUAUGAGGGUUUUUGUAGCAUGAGGCUUUUUAAUAUGGUAUAAAGACGCCCUUUAAAGGGACAGUUCACUCAAAAAUGAAAAUGCUGUCAUCAUUUACUCAUCCUCCACUUAUUCCAAACUUGGAUGAGUUUUUCUUGUUAUGUUGAACACAAAAGUAGAUAUUCUGAAGAAUAUUUGUAACUGGUAGCUAUUGACAUCCAUUGCAAUUUUUGACUGUUUAUGUCAGUAGCUUCCGCUUUACAGUGUUCUUGAAAAUAAAUACAUUUCAAAAAGAAAUUUACAAAGUUUUGGAACCAUUAGAGGAUUUCACAUUUUUGAAUGAACGAAGCUUUUUAAGGAACACUCGUUUUUUUUUUUUUGUGUGGAAAUUAGCUCUUUUUACACGUGCCCUAGAGUGGAACUUGUGAAUCCAUUCACUCAAUCUCCAGAUUUGGCGGUAGCCCUUUUAGCUUAGCUUAGCAUUAAUCGUUGAAUCAGAUUAGACCAUUAGCAUUUUCACCCAAAUAAUUCAAAAAGGAGUUUUGAUAAAUGUCCUAUUUAAAGCUUGAUUUCUCUGUAGCUAAGAUCAAAACUUUUGAGUUUUACCAUUUUUGAGUCUCUGGGUCUGGCAGGAGCACUUUAAGCUUAGCUUAGCAUAAAUCAUUGAAUCAAAUUAGACCAUUAGCAUCUCCCUCAAAUAAUUAAAAGGGGAAUUUUGAUUAAAUUUACCAAUUUAAACUUGACUUUUCUGUAGUUACAUUCUUUACUACUAAGAUCCAAAUUUUGAGUUUCACCAUUUUUGAGUCUCUGGGUCUGGCGGGAGCACUUGAAGCUUAGCUUAUUGUAAAUCAUUGAAUGAGAUUAGACCAUUAGCAUCUCUCUCAAACAGUUAAAAAGGGAGUUUUGAUUAAAUGUACUAUUUAAGCUUGACUUUUCUGUAGUUACAUGCUUUACUACUAAGACCAAAAUGUUGACUUUUACUAUUUUUGAGUUUCUGGGUCUGGCUUGAGCACUUUUAGCUUAGUUUAGCAUAAAUCAUGGAAUCAGAUUAGACUAUUAGCAUCUCGCUUAAAUUAUUCAAAAAGGAGUUUGUCAAAUUUCCUGUUUAAAGUACAUCAUUAACUAAGACCAACGAAAAAUGCAAAGUUGCUAUUUUCUCAGUCGGUAUGGCUAGGAACUAAACUCUUAUUUUGACGUAAUAAUCAAGGAACUUUGCUGCCGUACAGCAAUGAUAUUACCCAGUGCCUGAAAAUAGUCCCCAGCUUGGUAACUAGCUAACAGCGCUGCAUAUUAUCAUUGCUACAGCACUAAAUUCACUAAUCAGAUGCUAAUAGCCUAAUCUGAUUUAAAGUUUUAUUCUAAGCUAAGCUAAAAGUGCUGCCGCUAGACCCAGAGAUUGGUUUUAAAAAAUGGUAAAAGUCAAUUGCCUUCUACUUACGAUGAGUCAGUUUAAACCCAGUUUAAUUCUUGGUGACUUGUAAAAUGACAAUAUUUCCAAAAAAAGUGGAGUGUUCCUUUAACACAUAGUUUCACACAAAAUGCAUGUGCAUAAACUUUCACAAACGUCGUCACUCAUUCCACUUGCUGUACGUCACUAGUCUCACCCUGUUACACAAACACCUCAACUUAUUUCUUUAUAUAUUGAUUUUAUAGUUUAUGACACUUAUUGUUAAUCCCAGAGGUGUGCUACUGUUGUCCUUUUUGAUGAAACACAUUUGUGCAGGAAUGUGAUUAUACUUCUAUGUUAAUAGUAAUAAUAAUAGGAAGAGACUGUAAAAAAAAAAAGACCUAAAACCUUCUUGCUAGAAGCUAUUUAUUUCAGAUGUCGUAAGUCUGAAAUACAGAACAUACUGUAUUUUGCUUGCUGGAAUGUGUUGCUUUGUUUGUGGUUACUAAACUAUGUAAUCUUAUUCAGCUGUACCAAGUCAAAGGCAAGGACGAACAAUAAACAUGCUAACAUUCUUUUCAUAUGAA